UAAACUUACACAUUUAAAGCAGACUGCUGGGUUCUCCAGACAUUUGUGUCCUGGCACCUCUACACCUUUAGCUGAUGAGGUUUUGGGCCGAGGAUGAGUCAGCAGCCCUCGGGUCUGACACGCCCCCAGAUAGACCCACACACAUGACUCUGAUAAUGAUGGCCGGACGCCUGGGGUCUUGAGGCUCACAGGAGCACACCCACCCACCCCCUCUCAGGCUUCCCCUGCUGAGUGUGACAGAAUCAGACCUGCUCAGCCCACUGGGCCUGGACCUAGUGAAUAAGAAUAACUGUAGGCACUCUGCUUUCAGAAACAGCUGGUAAUCCAGGGCAAGAAUGUGGCCAUGCAUUACAGCAACCCCCGAUACAAAUUUGAAGACUGGUUGUGCAACACUUGCGGCCUGUACAAUUUCCGGAGAAGGCUGAAGUGCUUCAGGUGUGGAGCAGCUAAAGUCGAGUGCGAGUCUACAAGUCCCACCAGAGUGACUCCAGACUUCCUGCAAACUGGAGAUUACUGCGGAGACACCAUCAUCCUGAGGAACAUCACUCCUCUCACCACGGUGGAGUCCAUCACCACAGCUCUGGCUCCUCAUGGCAACCUCUCUGUGAGCAACAUCCGAUUGAUCAAGGACAAGCAGACGGGUCAGAACCGAGGCUUCGCCUUUGUCCAGCUUGCAUCUCCCCUGGAAGCUUGUCAGCUUCUCUCAAUCCUCCUGGGCUUACAGCCUGCCCUGAAGAUAGAUGGAAAGACCAUUGGUGUGGAUUAUGCCAAAAGUGCUCGCAAGAACUUGCUGUUGCCGGAUGGGAACCGGAUCAGUGCCUUCUCAGUGGCCAGCACAGCUAUUGCAGCCGCGCAGUGGUCCUCUAGCCAGCCACAGCAGGUAGCGCGUGGAGCCACUGACUAUAGCUAUCUACAGGAAGGCUACACACAGUAUGCCCAGCAGCACAGUCAAGACUUCCAGCAGGCUGGGGGAACGGACCCAGCCCUUGGCAACGGGAUACUUGGAGCUGCCCCUGGGGUGAGGAACAUGCCCGGUGCAGGGGUGGUAAUUUCUCAGAGCGCACAGGUCUACCAGCCUCACAUCGUCAGCCAGCCUGUCGCAGUGUCUCAGGCAGGAGGUCUGCAGACAGACGGCAAGUCACAGUCCACCAGCAUUGUGACUUCGGCAGUGGGAACCGCCACCACUUCCGUGGCAACUUCUGCUGCACCAUCGGCUGACAGGAAAACAACUGCCCCAGAUACCUCCACCUACCAGUAUGAUGAGACCUCUGGCUACUACUAUGACUCACAGAUGGGCUUGUACUACGAUCCACAGUCCCAGUACUUCUACAACCCACAGACAAAACAGUACCUGUACUGGGACAGUGAGAAGGGGACAUAUAUACCUGCAGUUGACCCAGUCUCGACCCAGACUGCCAGCACGACAGCACAGUCUCCUAGUACCACUACGCCCAGCAAAGAGGCCAAGGAGAAGAAGGAGAAGCCCAAGAACAAAACAGCACAACAGAUUGCCAAAGACAUGGAACGCUGGGCUAAGAGCAUGAACAAACAUAAGGAGGGUUUCAAGAGCAGCUUCCAAGCCCUGAACCAGGGCAAAGAGGAGGAGAAGGAGUCCGCUGCAGCAGAUGCUGGCUUUGCGCUCUUUGAGAGGAAGCCUGGAGCAGGAAUGGAGAAGCAGAUGCUGAUGUAUGAGCUGGCAAAGAAUGGAGAAGAAGAGGAGAAUCCUGCUAAUGUACGAGACUCUUUCCUGCAAGGGCUGGUGGAAGCAUACAGCGGGGACAGUGAUCCAGAGGAGGUGGAGCUAGAGUGUGGGAUUGAGGCCACCGAUAAGCUGACAGACUGGAAGAAAAUGGCCUGCUUGCUGUGUCGUCGCCAAUUCCCCAAUAAGGACGCGCUGCUGCGUCACCAGCAGCUCUCAGAGCUGCACAAGCAAAACUUGGAAGCUCACAGACGAUCUAAAUUUACAGAAUCUGAGCUGGAGGAGCUGGAAAAGAAGGAAACAGAGAUGAAGUACAGGGAUAGAGCGGCUGAGAGGAGGGAAAAGUAUGGCGUCCCUGAGCCCCCACCACUGAAAAAGAAGAAACUUGUGCCGCCCCCAGCAGCAGUGAAUUACGAACAGCCCACCAAGGACGGUUUGAACAGUGACAACCUCGGCAACAAAAUGCUCCAGGCUAUGGGCUGGCAGGAGGGUAAAGGACUGGGCCGCAACCAGCAGGGAAUCACCGCACCCAUCCAGACCUCGCUGAGGAUGAAGGGAGCCGGUUUGGGAACGAAAGCAAGCUCUUACGAACUGUCCACCUCUGACACCUACAAAGAUGCUGUUCGAAAGGCCAUGUUUGCACGCUUCACAGAUCUGGAGUGAAACGGUUCUCCUGUCGCCCUCCUAUCAGACUAACCUCAGCAGACUAAUGCCACCUUUUGAGCUUCUGCUAUCUGUCCAUGUCUAGUCUGGUUGAACGGUCAAGCUGGUGUUCAGUGUGGUGAAAGUCAAUGUGCUAAUUAGCCGCAGCCUUACUUCAGAUGGGGAGGUGCGGAGUUUGAUAUGGUUGGUUUCUCAGUGGGAGUGUAAGUGAUGGCUUCUGCUUCGUCUUGUCUGUGUCCUUGGAGCCAUUUUCACUUUUGACAGCAUUCAGCAUUCAUACCAGGAUGAAUGUGAUGCCUGCUCUAAUUUAAUAUGUAUAUAUUUAGAAAACAUACAUUUAUUCUUUGUGAAAUACUGUUUGUAGCGUUUCGCGAAUGUACAGUUUAUAUGAAUUGUUUCAUUUUGUACAGAAAAAAAAUAAAUGAGUGUAAUCUUUCUGUUUGUCUGUUAGAAAUAAAUCCUGCCCUGGGCCCCAUCUUAGUA